AUGACGCACAUGAAUUUGGUGUUGACGGUGAUGACUCCGAUUACGAUGGUGUUACACCUGAACGCGGCGGGGUCGUGGUUGACAGCCGCGCUGUUGAUGAUGAAUGUGGUGGCGAUAAUCGGUGAGCUAGGUCGCUGGGGGGAGGGGGGAGUGCGACGGAGCUUUGUGUGGACGGUUGCGGACGGGCUAGUGUUAUUGUGUGCUUGUGCUUGUUUAUUGUUGAACUAUUCGUCUUCGUCGAGCGAUAGUAGUUUGGCGGGCCGAUUGGGUGAGAUUUCCAUCUCGAUGGUAUGCGUGCAUUACAGUUGCCACCCAACUUGGUCAGGACCAGGGUUGAGCAAGGCGAUCGGGAUUGGGCUGACCUGCACGGCGGCCUAUCGCGCAAUCCGCACCUUUCUCACCUCCCGCUGGCUCCACUCCGACCCCGUCAGUCGCUCGGGCGUUCGACCCGACCGAUGCGCCUGCGUCUCCAUCGACUGCAUCUGGGCCAUCUCGCAAUGCUCCCCGCGACUGCUGCACUACGUCAACUCCGAGUUCCUCCUUCUCAAACACCGCGCACACUGCCUACAACUCGACAUCGUCGCCAUGACCCAAAUGCAAACAGAUCCAGAAGACCUUGGACAUCCCCAAAGCACCCGGAGGAAACGAACACCCUUUCGCCUGCUCACCACCAUCAUUAACAAAGACGCACACAAAUGGACCCGACUUCGCUGGCACCACGACCGCGGGGACCACCGCAACGAGGACCACCGCAACGAGGACCACCGUAGUGGAGACUACCGUAGUGGAGACUACCGUAGUGGGUAUCGCGACGGAAACAACCGCGAUGGCUACGGAAUUAGGGAAGAAGGGACAAGUCAUCGGGAACAUCAUCGGCCAGGACAAGUCAGCUUACAAACAAGCUGUAUGGGCAAAGCUUCGGUGUUUGGCAGAGCGGCGGCCCUCGGGAAAGCUGCAGUGCGGGGCAGGACCCCGGAACACGCAGACUACGUCCAAACUUGCAGCAGCGAGGGCAGUGCAGGACCAACGGGUGUCCGACGUCAAGAUGGCCGGUACGAGCAAAAGCGGGUGAGCAUCCUCGCCAGCAACGGGUCCACCACCACCACUGCAGCGCCCCCGAACGAAAACGAAGAGGAGCUGCGCAUGGGUUCGAAACUGGUCACGCCCAAACGCCAUUGCCGGCUAGCCUCGCACCGUCAGUUCACCAGCGGCGCCACUCUGCUCUCCGUCAUGAAACAGUGUCUACAACGGCACGCAACUUCCUUCACCGGCGGCGCCCGCAUGCGCAUCGAACUCAGCGCGGACCAAGAGGUUCACGCCCAAGUCAUAGCCCUAAUUCCUAACAUAAAAGAAUAUUUACACCUAAUCAGCAAAGUCAGAGGCAAAAUCACCCUAGCGGAGUAA